AUGAUAUUGGGUUUAGAUAAUACGGACUUUUACGUGUUAUGUGGAUUGGCAUUGGCAAUUGGCCUUUACUUGAAAAGAGACACACUCAAAGAGCUGUUUAUGAGUAAUGAUGAUGAUAUCACGAUAAGUGGUGGGUCCCGUGAUAUAGUGGAGGUUCUUCGUGAGAACGGUAAGAAUUAUUUGGUGUUGUUUGGAUCCCAAACUGGUACUGCCGAGGAUUAUGCCAAAAAGUUCGCCAAAGAGCUAGCCGCUAAAUUCGAAUUGAAUGUGAUGUGUGCUGAUAUUGAGAAGUAUGAUUACCACAACCUAAACGAGUUACCAUCUAAUGUGGUGGUGUCUUUUUUCAUUAGUACCUAUGGUGAGGGUGACUUCCCUGAUGGAGCAGUGCAAUUUGAAGAAUUUUUGCAAAACGCAGAAUCUAGCGAUCUAGAAAAUUUGAAAUAUACAAUUUUUGGCUUAGGAAAUUCAACAUAUGAGUUUUAUAAUGGCGCUGCUAAGAAAGCAGUGAAAUAUCUUGACCAAGCAGGUUCCAAGAUCAUUGGCAAAUUCGGUCAAGGUGAUGAUGGUGCUGGAACUACUGACGAAGAUUUCUUGUCAUGGAAGAGUGAUGUUUUGGAAGUUUUGAAAGAUCAAUUACAUUUAGACGAACAUGAACAGAGAUACAUCCCUUCGUUUAAAUUUGAAAAACUCGGCUCGAUUGAAGAGAAAGUUUCCUUGGGCGAACCAUCUCUUCAGUAUUUACCAUGUAAUAAGCUUUCUUUUAAUGAUGAGAAUAUUCAGCUAGGUCCAUAUGAUCUACAUCAGCCCUUUGUUGCACCCGUGGUAAAAAGUUUCGAGUUGUGUAAGGGUAAGGAACGUAGUUGUAUCCACACCGAGAUUGAUAUAUCUGGUUCGAACAUGAAAUACUCUACGGGUGAUCAUGCUGGUGUGUGGCCUUCGAAUGCCGAUGAAAAGGUAAAAGAUUUCCUUGACAUUUUCAAUUUGGAUCCUGAAACAAUUUUUGACUUGAGUCCUUUAGAUUCGACAAUAAAGGUUCCUUUCCCCACUCCAACAACUAUCGGUGCAGCUGCGAGACAUUAUAUGGAAAUUACUGGUCCAGUUUCAAGACAAACUUUUGGCCUUUUCGAGCAGUUCGCUCCAAAUGAGGAUAUCAAAGCAAAAAUAGCUGAAUUGGCAAACGAUAAAUCUGCUUUCGCUAAGGAAAUUCAUGGUAAAUAUUACAAUCUAGCAGAUGCUUUGAAAGAACUUUCUGGUGAGAACAAGUGGGAUAAAGUCUCGUUCGUUUUCUUGAUUGAGACCAUUCCUCGUUUGCAACCUCGUUAUUACUCUAUCUCGUCCUCAUCCUUGUGUGAAAAGCAAACUAUUCAUGUUACUUCCAUCGUGGAAGACUUUCCAAAUCCCGAAGGUGGUAAGCCUGUCGUAGGUGUUACAACAAACUUGCUGAGAAACAUUGAGUAUGCCUUCAAUGGUAAGGACAAUAAAGAUUUACCUGUUCAUUACGAUUUGAAUGGGCCUCGUUCUCUGUUCAAGAACUUCAAAAUUCCUAUUCAUGUACGUCGUUCAACAUUCAAAUUACCAUCAAAUCCUUCAACUCCUGUCCUCAUGUUUGGUCCAGGUACUGGUGUAGCUCCAUUCCGUGGUUUUAUCAGAGAACGUGUUAAGUUUAUCGAAAAUCAAGAAAAUGUCAAACUGGGUAAACAUUUGUUGUUUUAUGGGUCUCGUAACAAAGAUGAUUUCUUAUAUCAAAACGAAUGGCCAGAAUAUGCUAAAAAGUUGGAUGGUUCUUUUGAAAUGAUCGUUUGUCAUUCGAGGUUACCAAAUGAGAAAAAAGUGUAUAUUCAAGAUAAGCUUAUUGAGCGUGAAGCAGACGUUUUGGGAAUGAUCAAUAACGGUGCCUUCAUUUACGUUUGUGGUGACGCUAAAGGUAUGGCUCAAGGUGUUAGCGCAGCUUUAGUAGAUAUACUUUCUCGCGGAAAAUCAAUCGAGAAAGCUGAGGCAUCUGAAAUGAUCAAAAUGUUGAAGACGUCUGGUAGAUAUCAAGAGGAUGUCUGGUAA